AUGUCGGGAAAAAACUUUCCGGUUAACAAAUUGGUGCGCGUAGGUUAUUAUGAACUCGAAAAGACGAUAGGAAAAGGCAAUUUCGCUAUAGUCAAAUUGGCCACUCACAUUGUCACACGAACCAAGGUGGCCAUAAAAAUAAUUGAUAAGACUGUCCUAGAUGAAGAAAACUUAACAAAGAUAUUUCGAGAGACUGCUAUAUUGAAGAAACUGAAACAUCCCCACAUCACGAGGCUGUACCAGCUUAUGGAAACGAAUCAAACAAUAUAUUUGGUCACCGAGUAUGCCAGCAAAGGAGAAAUCUUCGAUUAUUUGGUUUCGAAGGGUCGAAUGUCGGAAUCGGAAGCCAAACGGAUAUUCAAUCAAAUCGUGUCCGCCGUAAGCUAUUGCCAUUCUCAAGGGGUAGUUCAUAGAGAUUUGAAGGCUGAAAAUUUACUCUUAGAUCAUAAUUUUAAUAUCAAACUGGCCGAUUUCGGAUUCAGCAACCAAUUCACGGAAGGCUGUUUGCUAUCCACGUUCUGCGGCUCUCCACCGUACGCCGCUCCGGAACUGUUCCAGGGCUUCAAAUACGACGGUCCCAAAGCGGACAUUUGGAGCUUAGGCGUGGUCCUUUACGUGUUGGUUUGCGGCUCCCUGCCGUUUGACGCUCCCACGUUGAAUGCCUUACGAAACGUAGUAAUAGAAGGAAAAUUUCGAAUACCUUACUUUAUGUCACAAGAAUGCGAGCAUUUAAUCAGACACAUGCUGGUGGUGGAUCCGGAGAAAAGACUGAACAUCGCGCAAAUAUUGAGGCACAAAUGGCUGGAGGACGCGCCCGCCAUCGAGGAGGAGACCGCCGAGGCCGAUCUCCAAUUGAACAAGACCGUGAUCGAUCACAUGCUGCAAUUGCCCAAUCUCAACCAAAGCAUGAUCGUGCAUAGCCUGAAAUCGAACUCGUUCGAUCACAUCUACGCCAUAUACAACUUGUUGCUCGACAAAUUGCACCGCAGGACCAUCAGUUUCCAAUCGAAGGUGCUCGAACAACGCCGGGUGGACUACAUGCAAAGGACCGACGAUCAAAACGUCUCCGUUUUUGAUCCAGAAAACCAACUGUACGGGAAGCAAUCUAAAAUCAACGAGCGCAGCGAAUCGUUCAACGAGAACCGCUUGGUGGCUUGGUCUGGUUCAGCCGGUUCGGACGGUUCCAACGUGACGCGUCGCGACGACGGCGCCGUCGCUCAAGAAUUGUUCAAUUGCAGGCGGGAGAGCUUCAACGAGAAUUGCUUGAGAGAGAUGCGGGCCGACGAAUCGGGGUGUUCGAACGAGGCCGGAACCUCCUCCGAGGACGCCGGAUCUCCGUUCGUUUCCAUGCCUACCAUACCGGCGGUGUAUCUAGUAGGCGAGGGGGACAGUCAGCCAUUGGAGAAGUACGGUGAAGUUGAUAUGGAUACCAACGAAGAUAAUUACUCGAUAGCUGUACCAUCGACAGCUUCCACUUCGACCGGUUACGGAAGUUGUAAUUCAUCGGGUGAUAAAUAUUUGACUAUCAGAAGGCAUACGGUGGGUCCGGGUGAUCCCGCUCACGAACAGGUGUUGGAGAGUCACUACAUGGCCCAUUCGCAAGAUCCCAACGUUAAGCUCCUUCCGAACGCGCAUCUUCCGCUCAAUUUGACGGCUCUAACGCAACAGAAUCCGCAUUACUUCGGCGGAAAGGACCCGCACUUGCUGAAGCCGCCCGGCGUGCUGAGCGCCGCCGGCGGUUUCGGUCGCAGGGCUUCAGAUGGCGGCGCGAAUUUGCACAUGAGCUGGGGCACGCCCGGCUCGCACGAGCAGCUCUCCAUGAUGUCGACGAGCUCCAGCGGCAAUCCGAGCCUGAGCAGCAGCGGCACGGGGGCCCAGCCGGCGUUAGAGCACGCUCACGUUUUGGACGAACUCGCCGUCGCUAGGUAUAUGCAGUGUAGGGGAAACACCAAAAGACAUACUAUGGCUAAUCCGGAGGACGUUCAUGCUAUACAUACGUCUCCUUCUACGGGAGGGACUAGAGUGAGACGUACUGGGUUACUUACGGUUACAGAACGACCAGUAAUUCCCCCCGAGAUCGUGAUGGAGGUCGAGGCACGCAUGAAUCGCAACCAUAUACCCGCCAUUUUGCCCACGCGAAAACACUCGAGGCACAAACCUCCCCUGCCCACUGUGCAGGAAUUACAAGGAAGGGAACAAAAAUCGUUGGAUAGAUUUUCUCCGGUAAGAAGAGGCAGCGAAGGUUCCGCAGGAGGUUGCAGAACGUUGAGCCCAUCCGCGCAGGAGCAACGGCUCCAAAGAGGCCUAUCGACCAGAAACAGCCCACCGAGAUCCAUACCAGGUUCGCCUAUACAUCAAAAAUUCAUGUCGGACCAACCGCAGAUGAGGCACCACAUGUCGGAAUGCACGUCGCCCGUCCAUCAAUUCUACCAGAUCCUGCCCGAGACGGUGACGAUGCAGGACCUGCAGAACUUCAACCCGAACGUGGACCCCACGCUGGGCCUGCCGCCCGAGAACUACCAACAGCACAAUUUCGGUCCCUACGAAGCCAACAAUCGCUGCAUGACCUAUUCGUACGACUCGAUCAACAGGAGCCCGUUGCAUUCCUCCCCUUACACGACCACCAGUCUCACGUCGCCUAUUAACCAGGCCGUAUUCAGCCAGGUUUCUUCCAUGGGGAUUUAUUCGGGUAGCAAUUCACCGGUUAUGAACCACCCCCAUUUGAGCCCGAACGCUUCGCCCGUUUUCAGCGGUUACGGGCAAUCCUCGCAAGGCUCUAGCGUCUCGUCGAUUACACAAGGUAUAAGCGGCUUGAAUACGGCCAGUACGGGUUCCAUAACGCAGGGUAUUCCCUCGGGUAAUUUGCAAUUGGACAUGCGCAAUCAGCUGAUGGACGACGGCAAGAUGGACGGCUCGUUCGCUAAUUACAUGGGCGGCCAAACGGCCGCGCAGAAUUACCUGCACAUCCUCAACAUUCACGGCCAUCGCAGCCUGACGAAUUCGCCGAUCAGCAAUCCGGGCAGUCCGGGUUUGGAUAUGAUCCAGGAGGAGAUUCCCGUGCAAAGUUCGCCGAAGGUCGAGCAAGGGUACCCGCAGAUAUCCGUAACGGACGUUUUAGGUAGCGAAGUGACGUUGAUAGCCGGUUCGGAUACAUCGGAGGAUUCCAUGGACAGUUUGGAAAAUCAAAGGUUGCAGAAGAUUCCGCAGUUUAUUAUAUCGGAGCCGGCCGAUAAUUCGCCAUCGAUAACCCGAGGGAUCGGUCGGAAAACCAGUCACGAAAACGAAACUAAAAAGCAGGAAAUCGAGGAGUUUUUCCCGCGAAGGAACUCCGAUAAGAGCUCUUGCUAUUCGGACGAUUCGCUGUCGAACGACAGUUUAAGUAUCGGUAACCAAAGCCCCAGUUCGAGCUCCAACACGCAAUCUAGUCACGCUUUCGACAGCGACAUAAGACACCGACCCAUCGACGCGUACGCCAUCAAUCAAGAACUGAAGAACGCGCGAGGGGCUGAAAAUUUCCAAAUUUUCCAAACACUCAAAAUGUCCGCACCAUCUACAGAAACUAACCCGGAGGCGUCGAAUUCCCUAUACCAAUCGCCCGUCGAGAGCAACCUGCACAAGAACUCGGGCUCGUUCGAAUUCGAGCUGUCCGAGGUGUGCUCGAAGCUCCAAUCGACCGACAUAUUGGAGAUGGUGAAGAAGACCAUCAACGAUCAGAUACCGCCGAAGACGUGCCUCAGCUCGGACGAGCCGAGCGACCGGUUGAGCCUCGAGUACGAGGGCGGGUUGCAGAUCGAGCUGAAGAUCGUCGAUAAGCCGCGCGGGGGCGAUUCGAAGGGGCUGAAGAUGCGUCGGAUAUCGGGCGAUCACUUGGUGUACAAUCAGGUGUGCCAACAGCUCAUCUCCUGCAUGACGGUCUCCUCCUAG